UGAAUACCCAUUUGAUGUUUCCCAAUCUCUCUCUUAUCUUCAAUGUGAUUUGUUCACUGAAUUUUCUCAAUCACUCAUUCAUCUUCUGGAGGAAAAACCUGGUACAGUAACGUUGGUUUUAAAGCUCUUGAUUUUGGACCUGCAAGUUUAAUCCUGAAGAUCGAUCAAGAACAACAAAUUAAACUGCCACCAGCAAAAAGCUGAACCAAUUGAAGAUUUUCAUGGAGGAAUGGAUAAACUUACUACAGCAGAAAUUGUUGGGAACAAUCUCUAGUCCUGGGAGAAAUCCUCAAGGUAAUGAGGAUAAAAAGAAAGAAGUCAUCAGAAUAGAAGAGGAAGUAGGAAGCCAGAUUAUAUCCGAUGAGGAAAGAGAUAAGCGAAAUCCCAAGAUAUGGAUAAAGAAAUGCCUGAAGUAUUUCUGUAAUGUAGAGUAUAAUCAAAGGCUAGAUCAUGAUUGUGUGAUCACUUUCAUCCACCCGAGGGUCAAUCGAGCAGCUGAAUAUUUAGCUCAUAGGAGUGUUUCUAUUCAUACCACAACUCAUCAUUUCAAUCAUUGUGUUGGUAUCUUAAAAUUUGAUGCUGUUAGUUAUCCCUAUGUGUUUGAUCCUGAGUAGGCAUUGGUCUAGUCCUCCUACUCAAUGUAUGUUUUUCCAUCUUUUUUAAUAAAUAGGUAGGGUGUUUCCUGGCCCCUACCCCGAGAAACCAAAUAGUUUCUUGGUCAAAUACUGGGGCUAAAAAAA